AACAAUGCCAAUAAAUUUGCGUACUUUGGUUGUCGUACAUGUAUCACAGUGUACAUCCCCUUCUAGCGUUAUACCUAGGAACCAGUCCACUGAAAAGAGAAAUUUGAGAGAGAGAGAGAGAGGAGGGAGGAGAGAUGGGAAGAGAGGUGAGCAUAGAAGGAGAAAAGGUAGUGUUGGUUCCUUACAUGAGGGAUCAUGUGCCCAAAUACCAUCAAUGGAUGGAAGACCCAUCACUGUUAGAGGCCACUGCUUCUGAGCCCCUCUCUCUGCAACAAGAGUAUGAUAUGCAGCUCUCUUGGACCCAAGACCCCAACAAGCAGACUUUCAUCGUUUUGGAUAAGCAGAUGAUCCUUGGAACUUUUGCACAUGGAGAGCCUCAUGUUGAAGCAAUGGCCGGUGAUGUGAAUAUCUUCAUGAAUGAUUGUGAUGAUGUAAGAACUGUGGAAAUAUCAAUUAUGAUUGCAGAGCCCAAAAGCCGCAGAAAAGGUCUGGGGAAGGAAUCUGUAUUGCUGAUGAUGGCCUUUGCAGUUGAGAAUCUGGGGAUCCAGGCUUUUUGUGCUAAUAUUGGAGAAUCUAAUACAGCCUCUAUUGAUCUCUUCAAGAAGUUGGUUAGUCUCUCUCUCUCUCUCUCUCUCUCUCUCUCUCUCUCUCUCUCUCUCUCUCUCUCUCUCUCACACACACACACACACAAAGAGACACAAGGUAUUAACAUCCAAGUACAUAACAAUAUUUGUCAGAGUUCUUAGUGAAAGUGUCUAUGUUGCCAUGAUGCAACAUCCAUGCAGAUAUGUAAUUCUUUGGCAUUGUCCUGCUGUCUCCUGUUCUUGGCCCUCUAUAUAGCAUCGUAUUGCAUUAUACACUAAAACUUGAAUCAUCGGUAGACUCUUGCCAUUGAUCUUUAUGCAAAAUGGUGGUUUUAUCUAACGCUGAGGGUUCAAUUCUUAUCUCAUAAAUCUGCUUACCUAAAUCAGCAGAUACAUAUAUGCCUAUGCUUAACACAUGUUAUUAUGGAUAUAUAAUAUCAAAUGCAAGAUAAUAUCAUACCAUAUAUGUGAUGUGCGAUGUAUGCAGUGUUCAAAAAAUGCCAAGCUAACUCAGAAUCGCCCUAGUCGGCUCGAAACAAUAGGGUGGGUGAUCCAAUUUUAGGGAACCCCGGAAUUGUCCAAUUUCCCCAGUUAUUUUGUUUUCAUUUUUCUGUUUUAUCCAUACACACCAACUUGGGAAUCGCCCAAGUCAGAGAGGGUGAAUUGGAACUGGUCCCCAGUGAUUCAGGGAUCAAUUCCAUUUUUUUGAACUUUGUAUGUACAUAUUUAUGCAUCUAGAUGAACUCAUUCACACACAUGUAAAUGUUUAUAUGCCUGGUGGGAAUUGAUGUGCAUCCGAGCAAGCAAGUUUGUGACAUGAAUCAU